AUGGCGACCGAUGCCGACUACGAAGUUCUGGAGAAGAUUGGACAGGGUUCCUUUGGUGUGAUUCGAAAGGUAAGACGCAAGGGCGAUGGCGAGGUUCUCUGUCGGAAGGAAAUUUCCUACACGCGCAUGUCGGAUCGGGAAAAAGAGCAAUUGCAUGCCGAGCUUCGCAUCUUGGAGAGUCUGAGACAUCCCAAUAUUGUACAGUACUGUCAUCGACAGCAUCUCAAGUCAAGUCAUGACCUACAUUUGUAUAUGGAGUAUUGUGGGAAUGGCGAUUUGGGUGGCUACAUUCGAAAGCUGAAGGAGAGGAACCGUUUGGCGGAUGAGGAUUUUGUUUGGACCAUCUUUGCACAGUUGGUCAGCGCGCUGUAUCGAUGCCACUAUGGCGAGGAUCCCCCACCGGCGGGCAAGGAGGGUGAUGCGCGGAAGGGCAAGACGUUGGUGAGCAAGCAGGGCCAUACCGUCAUCCUGCAUCGUGAUUUGAAGCCUGAGAAUGUCUUCCUUGGAGAGAACAACAGCGUCAAGCUGGGUGACUUCGGCCUGUCCAAGAUCAUCGCCUCGCACGACUUUGCCAGCACAUACGUCGGCACUCCCUUCUACAUGUCACCUGAGAUUUGCGCCGCCGAGCGCUACUCUCAUCACUCUGACAUAUGGUCUCUGGGUUGCAUCAUCUACGAGCUUGCAUCUCGUCAAGUCCCUUUCGAAGCACGAUCCCAUAUGGAGCUAGUGCUGAAGAUCAAGAAUGGCCGUAUCAAGCCUCUCCCUUCCCAAUACAGCCAAGACCUGACCGAUGCUAUAUCUUGGUGUCUCAAGACCGAUCCUCGUCAGCGCCCGGACUGCGCACAGCUGUUGAGUUUCGCCAACAUCAAGGUCGCUCGAACUCGUCUGGAGCAGGCUGAAGCUCUCGGACAAAUGGACAAGGUCGUGCGCGAGAGAGAUGCCAUCUCGGGCAAGCUCACCGCCGCGCAGAAGCUCAUUUCAGACUUGCAAGUUGAAGUCACAAAGCUGAAAGAGGCAAACAAGAAGGUUGAGAUGGAGUGGCAUGCCCGUGCUACGCUCGCCAUCGACCAGAAAGUGCAGGAAGCUUCAGACAAGCACCGCACUCAGCUUCUUGCCCAGUUUGAAGCGGCCAUUGAUCAGCGUGCGGAAGAGAAAUUGGCGCUCCAUCUUGCAUCCCUCCCGGCAAGUCAGCAGUUGGACCCGGCAUCUUCCCAUAUCCGGUCCAGCACGCCACCUCCGGGCAACAAACAAACCACCGCAGCGUUUGCCUCUUUCUCCAGCAAGCUGCCUGAGUCCGACACUUCUUCACUUCCUGAAGUUCUCGAGGAUUCCCUCCCCAUUGACACAGACCUCACCAGCCUAUCUCUCUACGACACACUCCCCGAAGAGCCGGAUGAGAACGAGGCUUCUCCGCUUGCAAACCGCCGCAUGAAGCCACCCCCAAAGAAGGCAGUCCGUAAGCCAUUUACUCGGGCCAAGACUCUUGCAAACUGCAACUUCAACGUGCGAGACUCGCCCAUGGAUGUCCACAUGGCGUCUCCUAGCCCUUACAAAGGCUUGGGACUGAGUCCACGACGAGUCGUGCACACUGGAGAGACCGGAAAGGGAGAGCUGAGAGGCGAAGUGCCGCUGAAGAGGAACAUCUUCAGCGUUGCGGCUGAGAAGGAGAAUCGCGCACCCGUGAGAGGCCGGACACUGGUCGAACUACACGGCCGAAGUCCUGCCAAGUGGAGGGCGGAGGUGCACGGGGAGGAGAUGCCCAGCCCUUUUAUCAAGAGGCGCUGA